AUCCGAAAUGGUGGGGUUUUACCGUUUUAUACCGAGAGGCUCUGCUACACGGUAGGGUUUUAGGCUUUUAGCAAUUAAACAUUGCCUCUUGGAAGAUUUCUUGCAAGGCGCCAGCCGAGAAUAAAUUGGCAAUGGACGCUGAAAGCAGCUGGAAAUCGACACCGCCAUCGUAGCCCUGGACGGGUUGAAACUGAAUAAUGCUUCGAUUGAGAGGCGGCCCCGAGCAGCAAGUUUGCUGUGCCGGAACCGGCGAGCUUGUUUUACACGCUAUUUUUUUGAACCGGGUUUGAGGGCGUAUGCUAUACCUUUGUGAACUGUGGCUUCCUAACUGGGUCUGAUCGGAAGAAGAAGAUAAACGGGAAGAAAUGAAGUUAAGCGAAAUUUGGUGGGAGAGGUAGGCAAAGAAGGACUCUCAGGCUCCAAAGAAAGACGGACUGGGACCAAAUUGCAAACAAGGAACAGGAUGGGUUUUAAGAAGAGCUUCGAAACGUAAGCUAUUCGUUCUUUCUGCUCCGAUGAGUCUUUUUCUAUAUCUCCAUGUGGUUUCUUUCGUCAGUUCGAGUAUUUAGUUUACCCAGAAAAUUCAUUUAUGCUACUUGUAAUCAUAUUCGUUUCAAGUCAAUCUCUCCGGUGCUUGCCCUCUUGAACUCCACCGAGCCCUCAGAUUUAUCCACGGAUGAUGAAUAUUCUUAUGCGACCUCUUCUUCUCCCGCUUCUACUGUCACGUGCAUGUCUGGCUAUAUCCCGAACAGCACAAAUCUGGCUGAGUUGGACUCGUCGAGGGUUGUUCAUAUUUUGAAUACGCUAAGAAGGGAUCCCAAUUCUGCAAUGUCCUUCUUUUACCAGUUAAAGGAACAAGGCUUUCUACAUGAUGUCUCCACGUAUGCAGCUCUUGUUGGGAUCUUAUGCUGUUGGAGGUUGUAUAGGGAGUUGGAUGCUGUCUUUUUGGAGCUCAUCGUUAAGGGGAACUUGCGAUUUGAAAUUCCCCAUUUGUUUGAAACACUUGCAUUGGAGGGGCUCCAGGCCAAUGAGACAUUGGUUAGAGCAUACAAUGUGCUGGUUAAAUCGUAUGUUAGUAUUGGUAUGUUCGAUGAGGCAAUUGAUAUUUUGUUCAAAACAAAGAGGCGUGGGGUUGUUCCCCAUAUCUUCACCUGUAAUUUUCUCAUGAAUCGGUUAGUUCAUCAUGAGAAAAUGGACAUGGCUAUAGCCAUUUACAAGCAGCUUAAGAGGUUAGGUCUGAGCCCUAAUGAUUACACCUAUGCAAUCAUGAUUAAAGCACUAUGCAAGAAGGGUGAUUUAGAAGAAGCUGUCCAUGCAUUUCAGGAGAUGGAGGAAGCUGGGGACCCCAAUGCUUUUGCAUAUACAGCAUAUAUUGAAGGGCUUUGCACCCACCGGAGGUCAGACUUGGGAUAUCAAGUACUCCAAGCAUGGAAAGAGGCAAAUGCCCCUAUUGAUGCAUAUGCUUAUAGUGCUGUCAUUCGUGGGUUCUGUGGUGAGAUGAGAUUGGAUGAAGCAGAGAAUGUCUUUCUUGACAUGGAAAAACAAGGGGUGGUCCCUGAUACACAAUGCUAUCAUGCAUUGAUCCAUGGAUACUGCAAGGGUUGGAAUCCGCUAAAGGCUUUGGCUCUCCACAAUGAUAUGGUAUCAAAGGGUCUAAAAAGUAACUGCGUAAUUGUUAGCUUGAUUCUUCAAUGCUUGUGUGACAUGGAUAUGCUUCUUGAAACAGUGGAUCUAUUCAAUGAAUUCAAGGGGUCUGGGAUUUUUCUUGAUGAGGUUUCAUACAAUAUUGGGGUGGAUGCCUUGUGCAAACAGGGGAAAGUGGAUGAAGCCAUAGAUCUGCUUGAAGACAUGAAAAGUCAGCAUAUGGUAUUAGAUAUUAUGCACUAUACAACCUUGAUUAAAGGCUACUGCUUCCAAGGAAAAUUUCUUGAUGCUAUGAAUCUAUUUGAAGAAAUGAAGGAAAAGGGUUUCAAGCCUGACAUUGUUGUUUAUAAUGUACUUGCUGAUGGGUUUUCAAGAAAUGGCCUUGCAUCUGAGGCACUUGAAUUUUUGGUUUAUAUGGAGUCACAGGGUUUAAAGCCAAACUCGAUUACACACAACAUCAUUAUUGAAGGUUUAUGUAUAGGAGGAAAGGUGAAGGAAGCUGAGGAAUUUCUGAGCAGCUUAAAGGAUAAGAGUGUGGAUAACUAUUCUGCUAUUGUUAGUGGGUACUGUGAAGCCAACUGUACAAGCAAGGCCUAUAAACUUUUUGUUAAGCUAACAAAGCAAGGAGUUCUGAUUAGAAAAGGCUCUUGCUUUAAACUACUCAGUAACCUUUGUUCUGAAGGUGAUAAUGAUGAAGCUCUUGCAUUGCUUGAGACAAUGUCGUCGUUGAAUGUAGAACCUAGCAAAAUAAUGUACAGUAAAGUCAUAGCUGCACUUUGUCAGGCUGGAGAUAUGAAAAAGGCCCGGUGGUUUUUCAAUAUUCUAGUCGAAAGGGGGUUAACUCCUGAUGUCAUUUCCUACACAAUGAUGAUACAUGGGUACUGCAAACUGAACUACCUACAGGAAGCCUGUGAUCUCUUCCAGGAUAUGAAGGCAAGGGGGAUUAGACCUGAUGUUAUCACAUACACAGUUUUGCUUGAUGCUCAUUCCAAAAUAAGAAGGGUUUGUUCUCGUCUAGACAUGAGGGAAAAUAAGGAAAUGAAAAUUGAUGCUUCAGCCAUUUGGACAGAAAUGGAGGAUAAGGGUAUAAGACCCGAUGUCAUUUGUUACACUGUUUUAAUUGACGGACACUGCAAGACAGACAGCCUUCAGGAUGCUGUUGCCCUCUUUGAUGAAAUGAUCGAUAGAGGAUUAGAACCUGAUACAGUGACUUACACAGCUCUUUUAUCUGGCUCUUGUAAUAUGGGAGAUGUGGAUAGGGCUGUGACCCUUUUUAAUGAGAUGUCUUCUAAGGGAAUACUGCCUGAUACCCAAACCAUCUCGGUUCUUCACCGUGGUAUUAUAAAAGCCAAGAAAGUGCAAUUUUGCAAAUAAGCAUUCUGUCGGCAAUAAGUGUUUGGAUGAACCCAAAAUCAAUGAGGCAGAGAAGAAGGAAGCUGUUUAGUAGGCCACUUGGAAGUCAAGUCAUUGCAGGUAUCAAACAGAUGUGUACAUGAGCAUAAAUGGAAUUGCCAGAAGGGUGAUUUACUUGGGAGAUAAAUUAUUGGUAGAUUGAGGUUUUGAAACUUCAUGUGUGUUCUAUAAAAUCUAAAUUAAAACUUACUUCAUUAGAGAAUUCCUUGUGGAAGGAUGGACAUGUAUGUACCCAGAUCAAAUAGAUAUGGGGGAUGAAGAUUGAGAUCAUAAAAGGGAUGAUGGGGUUAAAAAUAGACACUGAAAGCUGAGAAAGGGUGAGGUGGCAAAAGUGUUGCCUGUGCAUUUUGAAAAUUAAUUAAUGGAUGAUGUGAAGUCGACUAACUUUUGACAUUAACUUAUACAUAUUUCAUCAUCCAUUAGCUUUUCACUUGUUACUUGUUGCUACUUUGAUAUGUAUGUUUUCUAAUGGUUAAUGCUUCAGUUUUUGUCACACAUCAUUGAUUUUGUAUAACUUGCGCUUGAAAAAAUGAUUUUAUAAAAAGGUGAGCUUUUGAUCACGUGAAUUGGGACUUCCUUUUCUACAUGCUUGGGAAAUGUGGUUUUGGGGAAAGGUGGUGUUUGUUUUCUACUGUCGAUUCUCAGUGUUGGUUAAUGUAACCUUGCUGGUUUUUUCCAUAGCUCACGUGGUU